AUGCCGAAGAUCGUGUGGAGUGUCUUGUGUCUCUUAUAUUUCAUUGCCAAUGAAGUCAGUCCGAAAAAGUUCACCACCCUUGAGCUCGCUUCGAAGAUCAUUUUAGAGCUAUCCGACACCAAUAUAAUCAUCAGUCCCACGGCAAUCGACGUGGCCUUGGCCCAAAUCUACCUGGGAGCCGCUGGAGAAACCGAAGCCGAGCUGAAGGACGUCUUGGGCUAUCCUGGCAGCACAAAGGCAGAGGUCUUGGCGGCCCUACAGCGGAGAAGUCCUGAAAUCAUAAUAUCCAGUCGCAUGUAUGUGGCCAGUGGAAUACCCAUCCUGCCAAACUAUCAACAAAUGUCGAGGAAGUAUCUCCAUGUGGAGGCCGGGAACGUGGACCUCAGUUUUCAGGGAGCGCACACGAUCAACAGCUGGGUAUCUGGUAAAACAAAGGGCAGGGUCGUGGAUCUCAUAGACUCUUCACUGCUGGACGAUGCGACGAAAGUGAUUCUCGUAAAUGUGGUCAUUUUCCAAGCCAGAUGGAAGUAUCCCAUUAAGAAAGUUUCCACAGGCAACUUUUACCUGCCGGAUGAGAGGCGCUCGGUGGCCGUGAAAAUGCUGGAUCAUGUGGGCACUUUCUAUUACAACUUUCAAGACGAACUCGACGCUCACGUGGCCGUAAUUCCCUUUGCCAACUCAAGUCUAUCCAUGGCCCUGAUAGUGCCCAAGACUUUCCGGGGAAUCCGGAAGGUUGAGGACAAUCUGAAGUCCCUCAACUUGGAUGCUUUGAGUUUGAAGGAACUCCAAAUUUCCCUGCCCAAGUUCAAGAUCAAAUACGACCAAGAUCUGGCCCAGCCACUAAUUGAUCUGGGUGUAAAGAGCAUAUUCAACAACGCCAAUCUCUCAGAUCUGACCAAGUCAAAGGAUAAACUUAAGAUCGACAGCAUUCAGCACUCGGCCGUCCUUGAAGUGGAUGAAAAAGGAUCCAAGUGGGCAGCAGCUGCAGAUGAUGAAAUACUAGCCGGUCGAUCAAGAAGUGCUGGAUUAUUGGUCACUUGCAACCGACCUUUUCUGUUUGCCGUCGUAGAGGGCAAGAAAAUAUUUAUAUUUGGGCGAUUAAGUCGUCCCGAAUAGAAUAAAAUAUAUAUUAAAUACGUUU